UAUUUGUCCACCUAGUUUUACUAUAGUCUUCUUUCAUGAUUAAGGUAAAGAGAGUAUUGGUGCUUUCUACAUUGUCUGCUCUUUGUAUUAUACUAAAUGUAAUGUUAAAGUAGCACACCAUCACUGUUUGCCAAUCAAAAGGCACCUUUGAAACAUGGUGAGUGUACAAAAAUUGAAGCCAAUAGGAAAGAUUAACUUACUAAUUUUUUAAUGCCAUUUUUUUUGUUUGGGCUUUAUUUUUUGAAAAGGUCAUUUAGCAUCUUGGAAAAGUAAGAAGAUGAGCAACCCACUGAGGGGAGAAGUUAUCCGACUGUACAAGAAUCUCCUCUAUCUUGGAAGAGAGUACCCUAAAGGAAGUGUAUACUUCAGGGAGCGCUUGAAAGCAGCUUUUAUGAAAAACAGAGACGUGACGGACCCCGAGAAGAUCCAGAAGUUAGUUGAUCGAGGAGAGUUUGUGAUUAAGGAGCUUGAAGCCAUGUAUUUCCUGAGAAAAUACAGAGCUAUGAAGAAACGUUAUUAUGAACCAGAACACUAACACUCUCUACCCAUAUAUAAAUAAGGGGGAAUACAAUUAAGACAUUUUAUUCAAAUGACAUGAUAUGUUUUUUAUUUGUUCUAGAGAAGAAUGUUACAUAGAAUCAUCUCAACACUGUUCACAUGCAGGCUGUGUUUCUAUAUAAGUCUAUUAUGAGUGAUAAACCAAGAAACACAUAAUAAUGAUUUCUGAAAUGUAUUUAAAACAGCAGUAAUUUGCUGUCAGAACCGAAGCCAAAACUUGCUAAACUGCCACUGACCUUGUACAUACUGUUUAUAAUAAUUGAUGGCUGAUACAGAAAUAAAUGAGUAGUUUAGGAAUUUA